CCCAGACCUACAUGUUUAUCGAAACUUUUUUCAUAUUUUUAACAAGAAAACACCCUCUACAAUAUCUCCGUCUAUUUAUCGGACACCCUGUAUAAAAAAAAUUCGUUGGCAACAAUGGCAACACUACUACACUACGAGUCAAGUUCACGCUAUUGAACUUUAUUAUUCUUGUCUUGUUUGUUUAUCACCUUUUUAGGUUAUGUUUUAGAAAUGUGUUAUGUCAUAUUUGGGUGACUUUGCAAUUCAUUUCGUCUUUUAAUGUAAUUAUUCACCAUCGAACAAAAUCAGCGAUCAUGAUCGAAUUGAACUGGCCGGCGAUCGGUUUCAGCGCUCUGCCCAAUUUGGGCGGCGUCGCCGGCGGCCUCAUCACCCGCAGGGCCAUCAACCCGUGGUACGAGAGCCUCAAGAAGCCCAAUUGGCGGCCGCCCAACCGGGCCUUCGCCCCCGUCUGGACGGCGCUCUACACCUCCGUGGGGUACGCCUCGUACCUCGUCUACAGGGACGGCGGCGGAUUCGAUGGAGCUGCUAGAGUGCCGCUGAUCGUCUACGGGACCAAUCUGGCGGCUAAUUGGCUGUGGACGCCUAUCUUCUUCGGCAAGAAAGAUAUUAAAUUGGCUUUGUAUGAGAUGCAAUUGGUGAACGGUACGGCCUUGGGUAUGGCGUAUCUCUUCUACAAAAUCAACCCCACGGCAGGACUGCUCGUUGUGCCCUAUUGCCUGUGGUUGUGCGUCGCUACCGCUUUGAAUUACACUAUCUAUAGGGACAACAAGGAAAAAGUUAAAGAAAUAACCGACUAAGAGGUGGCCUCGGUUGCAGGAAUUCUUUAGCCAACCUAAUAGCUUAGUUGCGAAUUUUGUAAUAAUCAUAUGUAUAUCGGAGAGUAUUAAUUGGUAUUUGUCGUACAAAUUAAAGUUGUUUUUUUUCUAC